AUGGAAGGCUUUAACGAAGACCUCAUGCACAAGACAGGUCGACGCUCAGGUAUCUACGCGGGUAUCAUCGGAAAUGAAGCCAUCGUAGAAGAAUUCACCGAAGAUCUCAUACGAAAGCAGGGGCAGCAUGUGGGUAUAAUUGGGAAUGAAGCGAUCGCUGAGGGAUUCAAUGAAGAUUUGAUUCGAAAAGAAUGA